AUGCAAGCCUCCGAACGACAUGGUUUCGAAGGAGAAGGAUUCUCCUACCUUAAGAGUCCUGUGUGGUGGGGUGGCAUCGUGACAUUGGCCCUCGGUGAAAUAGCCAACUUUGCCGCAUACGCCUUUGCACCGGCGAUUUUGGUGACGCCGCUAGGAGCGCUUAGUGUUCUCAUCGGCGCGGUCUUGAGUUCAUACUUCCUCAACGAGAUCCUCGGAGUGCUAGGAAAGCUGGGUUGUGCGCUGUGUUUGUUGGGAUCGGUUGUGAUCGUUCUCCAUGCGCCCCCAGACAAGCAGGUGGACACUGUCAAUGAGAUCCUUGGAUACGCCGUCCAGCCAGGGUUCCUCUUUUAUUGUCUGACUGUUGCGGUCUUUUCGACUGUGAUGAUCUACAAGGUUGCGCCGGUGUAUGGCAAGAAGAACCCGCUCAUCUAUAUCUCGAUCUGCUCCACCGUUGGAUCGGUCUCCGUCAUGUCCGUCAAGGCCUUCGGCAUUGCGCUUAAGCUCACUCUUGGUGGCAACAACCAAUUUGUGCACGCGUCUACCUAUGUGUUCGCCAUCGUGACUGGAUUCUGCAUUCUGACGCAGAUGAACUACUUCAACAAGGCAUUGAACUCUUUCUCUACCUCGAUUGUGAACCCGCUUUACUAUGUUACUUUCACGACCGCGACUCUCUGCGCCUCCUUCAUUUUGUUCAAGGGAUUUAACACCACGGACGCCGUCAACACGAUAUCGCUGCUUUGUGGAUUCCUUAUCAUUUUUACGGGCGUAUAUCUUUUGAACCUCUCCCGCCACGAUCCGGAUGGACACUCAAUGGUGAACUCCAAGCUCGAUGAGGAUGGAGUACCAACGGACGGUCUUACGAGCUUCCAGACUCGGCGUUCCAUGCAGUCUCGCCGAAGCUCUUCGAGCAUAUACUUCAAUGGCCACGGCGAUCGGGAGGGGCUGAUGCAUUCCUACGACGCCGAGAGCGGCAUUGGCAUGAACGACUUGACGGAGGCAAACGAAGGAGAGCCCGGUCCGACGUUCCAGCGCACCGAGGCAGAAACCGCGAUGCACACCAAGCGGAAUAGUCAGCUCUGA